AGUGCUCCAUGUGAUAUUUAAGAGAGCAAACCCCAUCCAGCUAUUUCGUAUGAUUCAGUGCAUUUUGGGGGGAUAUCAGUACAAUAAAAUGCCACUUCAAGUUCUUUGAAGAGUGAUCUAGCUGCGCCGAACCAUUUGCUUUUUCCUUCCUGGUCUGGGGAGCAAUACAAGAUGGGAAAGAUAUCCGAUCUCUGCGUGCUCAGCGGGACGCUCGACUGAACAGCGACAGUGCUGAAGACACCGCUGUCUGCCGCUGUGCCCUCUUCCGCUGUCGGUGGUCCUGAAGUUAAGUGCGUCCUCUCACACUCACAGGGGCGAUGAAAAGCGCCUCUAUUCUGCACUCUCCUCUUCACAACAUUGACCGAAUAGGCGGAGGACUUGAAUCGGGGCUUUUUCGCUUCAGCUUAUUCAACUAACGAGAAUCAAGCUAUGAUUGGUAGGCUACCAUGUUCUCUGCUUCUUCCCAGUGAGUACGCACGAAAAAGUGUGGAAAAUAAAAUAAUAUAUCUUUGGUAGGCUAAGCAUUUAACUUUGACUGGAAAUGCGGGGUUUAAACUUAUUUUAUUUUAUUUAUUUAUUCUCCUCUUAAAGUUGCAUCUUCCGGAGUUCGCGUCUACUAUCAUUCCAAUUGCACUCGCUGCUGGAUGUAUGUUACAAGACAGAAUUAUGUUUUUGAUCUACCUGCAGCAUUUGGAAAUUGAUUGAAAUGCCUAUUGGCAACAAUAGAGGGAAAUAUCAUUUCGUAAAAAAAUUUAUAGGCUUCUUUUUCACACAUCAACUGGCUAUUGUUAUCUUUAUCUACGGGAAAUAAGGGAUAGUCUGAGUCAUGUAUCAGACUGAUUUGUGUGUGCAUAUCACAUCGCUCGCGCUGCUCGGAAGGCAUCGGUACCGAAAAUGGUCUCUUGUCUAACUGCUUUUACACACAUCGACAGCAACUGAAGGGGGAUUAUAUUUUUUAUCUGAAGCCUGUUGGUUUUAUCCAAUGGUCAAUCUAGAAAUUAUUGGAUCCUUUGUUUAAUCCAUUCUACCGGGUUUGGAUCUCUGUUGAUCCCGACUCCAACUAGUGGAACCGAACAUUUCAACGCGACUGGGAAUGGAAUGGGCAAAGUAAAUGCAACUUCGACCCUCUCCUUGACUGCAAUAGGAAUACCGCGGCGAAGGAUGGGCCCUCUCUUUCCAACAACCUGCAUUGUCCUCCUUGUCCUCCACGCCACCUUGUCACCAGCCUCCCUCAGUCCCGAGGAUUACGUUGCGGACGAGGCAGAGCGAACUGCCAACAGCGACAACAUAAUUUUCGAUGAUUACCGGGGGAAAGUUUGCGUGGACGACAGUGGCUUCGUUUACAAACUGGGGGAGCGUUUCUUCCCAGGACACUCAAACUGCCCAUGCAUGUGCACUGAGGAUGGGCCGGUGUGCGACCAGCCGGAGUGCCCCAAGAUACACCCUAAGUGCACCAAAGUGGAGCACAAUGGAUGCUGUCCCGAAUGCAAGGAGGUUAAAAACUUUUGUGAAUACAGGGGGAAAACAUACAAGAUCCUGGAGGAAUUUAAGCCUUCGCCUUGUGAGUGGUGUCGCUGUGAACCAAAUAACGAGGUGCACUGUGUGGUGUCUGACUGUGCCAUCCCAGAGUGUGUCAACCCAGUCUAUGAGCCAGAACAGUGCUGUCCCAUCUGUAAAAACGGUCCAAAUUGCUUUGCCGGAACGACGAUCAUCCCAGCCGGUAUUGAAGUGAAGGUGGACGACUGCACCAUUUGCCGCUGUCACAAUGGGGACUGGUGGAAGCCAGCACAGUGCCUGCGCCGGGAGUGCCUCAACGGCCAGACGUUGUCAUAGCAACCCCAGCGGGGACGGUGUCGGUGAUGUGCUGCCAGGGAGCGGUCCUGCCUGCUGCAAAGGCAAACAAACAAACAAACAAAACGCUCAUCUUGUAUGAUUGAUAUGAUGGACAGGACAGGAGCACAAUUCCUUGGCAACAUUGGCUAGGAGACUGCAUAACUAGCUGAACUGAAAAGCUGUCAUACACAGUACCUACACACUACCACAACUUUAACCACAGAGGAGCGGAGAGAGCAGGUGGAGGAACUUUUCUUGAGACUGUUUUUUGUCUUCUGUUUUGACUGACUAUUUUUAUUUUCUGAUAAUUACUUAUUUCUUAUGCUGCUUAUAAACACAAUGUUUAUAUAUUUAAUGAAGUCAUUUCCUCCUAACCAUUAGCACUGUUAAACAUGGUCAAUAGUUUUCUGUCAUCUGCUUGUGGUCACUCACUCACAGAAAUGAGAUCUAGAGGGUUGAACAGGACACAAUGACCAGAGAACCAGUAAGCACCCACAUCAUGGCACUUUGAGCAAAAUGGGUCGGGGUUUAAAUGGAAUAAGUGAGAUGUCUUCACCACACCGCUUUGCUGUGGGAAUUACAAUGGUCACCUAAAGAUAUCACUCACAGCUGUUGGCUUCUCACUAAUUGUACAAUCUUUCUAUGAGUCAAUAGCAAGAGUUCACUCCUGAUGUUGGGGUCACUGAAAUGAAUUAUUGACAUAGAAUGUCAGCAUUCCGAUGUGCUGUUAGUUACCCUCAUCUGGGCUAGCAAAAGAUGCACGGCCACAAACAGAUCCCCUCAUUUACUGUUUUUACUACACAAUAUUCUUGAUGAGACUGUCUUCGAGGUGCUCUUCUCUGCAUGGAGAGAUUGGAGGCCAGUUCUAUCCAAUAUAUAUCCAACCGAUACAUUUGUAAGUGAUAAGUUACCGGAAAAAGUAGAAAAAGGAACCAACUUUAUUUAUUUCUGUAGUUGAAAUAACUACUUAAGUUAGAAGCCAUGUAACCUAUAACAGAGUGGGUAAAAAAUACAUAUUCUCCAGCAGUCAUACACUACCGGGGCCAUUCCUCUUGGCUUAAUUGCUUUGUUGUUUUCCCCCAUAGCCCAAACCAACAAAAAUAGUCCUCAGAGUGAAUAGCUUGAACUUGUUAUCUAAGAAAUUAGCGAACCAAGCAGCGGCCUGCUUUAAUUUCCCUUAAUCAAAGGGUAUUCUGUGAUAAAUCAUCUGGCCGGGCCUCUCUGUGCUCAGCUCUACGCCACCCGCCUGCCGUCUGCAUGCAGCAGCCAAGCACCAGCAAGAACUCAGAGAGAGACAAAGGAGAAAUCUGCAUAUGUCUUCUUGAUGCUUCAAAGCAAACUUAGACACACACGUGAACACGUAUGCAUGUGCAAACACACAAGCGUGCCUGUGCACACACACUUGUACGCACACCCUUUCAUCCUCUAUAGGAUAAUAAAUGUUGAUCCACUGCACCCCAAGAAGAAGCACUUAAGCCAACAAGGCUCUCACUGAGAUACAAAGCUCCUCUCCUCCCCUCCCAUCCUCCCGUCUAUAGAUGACACAACAGAUUUUCUGUUUUCUAGCCUCCUCCAUAUAUCUGCAUAGCUCCGCUACAGCACCCCACGAUAUGGCCAGGGCUAUAACUUAGCUUGAGUUAAUGCAUUGCUUUUCCUAUAGAUUCCUUCCUAUAGGUUUCAGGGUCACACACUCCAACCAACCAACCCCUUCCUUUUCUUUUUGAGAUGAUAAAUAUUAGUCAUUAAUUCAAAGGCAAAUUUCUCUCUAAGCCCAUGCAAUUCAUCACUGAUACUUUAGUUUUGUGUGUUUCAGUGAGAAUCCUUUCCCGUUCACCUUUUUAGAAGCUAUUCCUUCUGUGUGAUAGAUUAACUACUUAAUAACAGCUUCCAGCUUCUGGUAAUUAGAUGGAAAUGAACCCAGGAGUGAGACCCCUGACUAAAGAGGUGGAAGAAUAGAAUAUGACAUAGUCUGUGUCCCAAAUGGCACCCUAUUCCUUAUGUAGUGAGUGCACUACAUUUG